UCCGCUGAUGCAGCCGACCGAUGCGCUGUAACGCGCUCUCCGCUCCGCCGCCGCCGUCGUUAAAGGAGGGGGGAGAGACUCGCGGGAGGGGGCGCCUGGCGCACGCGCUCGCUGUCUCCCUCUCGCCCGGCCGCUAACGCAGCCGGCGGCCCCCUCAGUCGCGACGCGCUCCUCACGCGGUGCAUUUGCCACUCGCCACGCAGCAGCCCUGCCUCGCCGGAGAGAGAACGCGCUGAGCUCGCGGCAGCGUCGCCGCCCGUCCCCGACAUCGUCCUCGUCGUCGCCGUCGCCGCCGCCGUCGUCGUCGUCGUGGGGGGCACAGCCAACGAGAGAGAAAGAUAGAGAGAGCGCGCGCGCUUUUCUCGCGUUCGGUCGCACCGCUCCGCACGUCACGGACUGAUCCGCGAGAAACGGAGCGGACGCUCGCGCGCGCGCAACGCGCCACGUGCUCGCAGCCUCACUUGUUGACAGUUGCAGUAGCGGAGCAGCAGCAGAAGCUGCAGCGGCAGCCGAGCAUGGCAGCCGGCUGGAGCCCGCGGGCCACCUGCUCUCGCGAACCCCAGUGUGUGCAGUGUGUGACUGACUGACUGACUGAGCCCAGAGAGAGAGAUAGAGCGAUAGAGACUCUCAGACUUGUGUUUGCCGUACACAGGAGCGGAGUGACAGUAGCAGCAGCAGCAGCAGCAGGAGCAGCAGCCUCGACUGCCGACACUUUACAGCGAGCGAUAGCGGAGCCAGCAGGAUGACGCAGCAGAGCGGAGCCGGCUCGCCGCAGCAGUUCUGCCUGCGCUGGAACAACUACCAGACCAACCUGACCAACGUCUUCGACCAGCUGCUGCAGAGCGAGAGCUUCGUCGACGUGACGCUCGCCUGCGACGGGCACUCGGUCAAGGCCCACAAGAUGGUCCUCUCGGCCUGCAGCCCCUACUUCCAGGCGCUCUUCUUCGACAACCCCUGCCAGCACCCGAUCGUCAUCAUGAAGGACAUCAAGUGGCCGGAGCUCAAGGCCGCCGUCGAGUUCAUGUACAAGGGCGAGAUCAACGUGUCGCAGGAGCAGAUUGGCCCGUUGCUCAAGGUCGCCGAGAGCCUCAAGAUCCGCGGCCUGGCGGACGUCAACAGCGAGCACGAGCUCGCCUCCCGGGCCGGCCUCGACGACUCGCUCAACUUGGCCAGCGCCGCGGCGGCCAGCAGCCUGCAGGCCCAGCAGCAGCAGCAGCAACGCAAGAAGCGCCGACUGGCCUCGGGCGAUCGCUCGCCCAGCGCGGGAGGCCUCAGCCCCGACGCCCGGGCCUCGGACCGCGACGAGCAGGACUCGGCCUCUACGGGCCACGAGAGCCACGGCCUCGGCAGCUCCUCGACGCCGCGCUCCCUCGGCUCGCCCUGCAGCGUCAUGCCCAGCAUCAGCGUCACGCCGCAGAUCAACCUGCAGGAGCUGCCGGUGAGCCUGCCCCUGCCGCCUCCGCCACCGCUGCCGCCACCCGGAGGCUCCUCGAGCCAGCAGCAACAGCAGCAACAGAGCGCGCAGCAGUCGCCGCACCCCUCGCUGCUCGGCCACCACGUGUCGCCCGGCGGCCACGUGAGCGCCACCGGCUCGCACGCCUCCGCCGUCAAUCACCUCAGCGCCCACGCGGUCGCGCAGCAGCUCUCGGUCCAGCAGCAGCAGCAGCAACAACAACAGCAGCAGCAGCAGCAGCACCAGCCCAACAUACCUGUCGUGGGCGACGACCUCGAGAUCAAGCCCGGCAUCGCCGAGAUGAUCCGCGAGGAGGAAAGGGCCAAGCUGUUGGAGUCGUCCCACGCUUGGCUCGGAGCCUCCACCUCCAGUAUAGCAGACAGCUAUCAGUACCAACUGCAGUCGAUGUGGCAGAAGUGCUGGAACACCAACCAGAGCCUGGUACACAAUCUUCGCUUUCGAGAACGUGGCCCCUUGAAAUCCUGGCGUCCCGAGACGAUGGCGGAAGCGAUAUUUAGCGUGCUCAAGGAGGGUCUGUCGCUGAGCCAAGCUGCAAGGAAAUACGAUAUUCCCUACCCUACGUUUGUACUUUACGCGAACCGAGUUCACAAUAUGCUCGGGCCGAGCGCCGACGGUGGAGCUGAUCUGCGGCCAAAGGGACGAGGGAGACCGCAGAGGAUCCUGCUCGGUGUCUGGCCGGACGAGCACAUCCGCGGCGUGAUUCGCGCGGUGGUCUUCCGCGACGGGCACUCGCCUCACAUCGUCAAGGAAGAGCCAGCCACCAUGUAUCCCGCCUUGGCAAAUUACGGCGCCUGCAACGGACCCGAGGGAGCAGUCAGCCCCAGUGCGGCUGCCGCCGCGGUCGCCGCCGUCGCUCAAGGUCUCAGACACCAGAUGUGCAGUAUGGUGGCAGCCGCGCACUCGCAGCAGCACGACAUGCUCGCCACCAAUCUCUCCACCAACCUCUCCUCCAGUCUCUCCUCCAAUCUCCAGGCGGCCAUGCAACAAGCCAGUCAGCAACAGCAGCAGCAGCAGCAACAACAACAACAACAGCAGCAACAACAGCAGCAGCAACAGCAGCAGCACCAUCACCACCACCAACAGCAGCAGCAGUCGCAUCAUCAUCACCACCACCAACAGCAGCAGCAGCAACACCACCAUCACCAUCAGCAGCAGCAGCAGCACCAACAGCACCAUCACCACCACCCGCACAGCAACAACAGCGGUGGUAGCGGCAGCGCGGCCGCGAGUCUGAUACCGGGCUCCGGCACGCCCGGCAACAGUAACAACGGCAACUCUCCGCUCAAUCUGGGCCUGGCGAGUCCCGGCUCGGCUGGACCGCCCGAGAGCCCGAUGGAAUCGCCGUUGGCCAGUCCACUGGGCUCUCUCAUGGACCCGUCGCACCUGCCGCCAAGCGUCGAGGUCGGCAUCGGCGUCAGCGGCAUGACCUACAAGCCCGCGCGCAGCUUCGUCAGCCCCAGGCCCGAGAACCUCUUCCAGGAGGACAUCUCCGACCUGGUCAAGAGUUCGCAUGCCGCCCUCAAAGAGAAGGACAAGAUCGCCGUCAAACUCGAGCCGCUGUCCGACUCGCGCUGUGAAUAGUAGAGCCGGUACGGGGGACAGCUCGCGCCGGAGCAUCUUCCAGGACCGGCCGCAGCCGCCGCCGCCGACGCCGCCGCAACCUCCGCGCUCAUGCUUCCCCCCGACGGACUCGACUAUAGGAAAUUAAGCCAAACGAUGCCUGAGCGCCUAUUCAACAUUUAAAGAUGCAUACUAUAAAUACAACACAGAACAUCGUACAGCGACACGCGCGCACAGACACACACAUACACGCACACAUCCAGUCAUACGGUGACGUACGCUCAGGCAAAGUGUCGUUGAGUGCACACAGACACACGCACACUAUGAUAUGCAUGUAUAGCAUAUAUAUGUAUAUAUAGCUGUUUUAUAUAUAUAUAUAUAUAUAUAUAUAUAUAUAUAUAUAUAUAUAUAUAUAUAUAUAUAUGCGAAAAUAUGGUACCGUUGCCGUACUCUGAUUGUCGUACGCAGAUUCAUUAAAAGCGGAUGCAGCCGCAGAGGAGCGUUCGACAAGUUGAAAGAUGGAGGCUUACAAUCAAAAAGAAAAUAAAUAUAACUACAGGCGCUUAGAAUAUAAUUAUGCGCUACUUCCUUUUUUUUCUGUCGAGAUACGGUAAGAUCGCGAUCGCACGACGAUGACGACGACUGCAACAACGACGACACGACCACGACAACGACGAGCCUCUACUUAGCCUCGACUCGAGAUACGCGUGUAACGGGCCAAAAAGAGGCGCGCAGAGCAUUUAAACAAAUCGAACAAGACGCAAGUGCUGCAGCUGAUCCGGUCGCGAUUCGCCGCCGUUGCGCGAGAUAUAUUUCCAAUUUUAGGUAGUCACAGUCCUUUCGUUUGGACAAUGUACGAGUAGAUGUCGCAUAUGUAUGUAGAAUUCGUCUUUGCUGGCUUUUUUCUAACCAGCAGGGCGUGAAAAGCAAGUGCAAGUACUACAUAAUUUAUACCUAAAUGCAUAGACAGUACCAUACGUUAUAACGCCAAAUGUAUAAUAGUUAGUAAGACAAAAAAGAAAUAAGUAAAAAAAAUACUACGCGACUCCGUUAUAGAGGCCUGCUUCAGACAGGACUUUACACACACACACACAGCGCUGCAAGCCGUGAAAAGCGUGGUGGCGUGAGAGCGAAACACACGGACCGAAAAUCCAAAGCCAGAUCGAGCAACAGCUUUUUCACUUACGAGUCUAGUAAUGCCGCGUCGAGUCGCUGUCCUGCUUUUCUCUCCUUAUCUCUCUCAACCCACAAUCUUCUCUAUACUUUUAUAUUACCCACGCACCUCUUAUUCUUUCUUUCAAUUCUUGCUAUUAUUAUUUUUUCUUUUUAUCGUUAUCAUCGUCAAUUCCCUACUCGAUUCCGAACGCCUCGUAAUGACGCGUUCACUUCCUUUCUUGCCAAGUAUACCAGGAACAAAAAAGAACGGUGACUCGAUGCUCCGUGGAAGCUUAUUUUUGUGAUUUUGUAGAAAUGAAAUGCGAAAGGAGCGUCCCACUGCUGAAGACGGUUAAAGGCACGGUAGCACGGAUGAACGAUACGAUUUACAUCGGCGUGCUACUAAAUGUACAAAAUUUCAUAUUAUAUUAAUCGAAAAAAUAAAUAAAUAAAUAAAUAUUAAAUAACAGAUGAGACAAACAAUAUUUCUGUGGAAGAAAUGAAGAAAGAUUAAAGUACGCGUUAUUAAGUAUUGCCUUCCUGCCAUAUUUGGGGUAUGCCAAGUAUAAAAAUUUUAAGGUUUAGGGCUUACAAAUGACAAAUUAAAGAUUGAGUAAGCGUGCUUGUGGUGUGCAAGAGUCCGAAUGAACGAAAUCAUGAAUGGACCGAGUGGAUGGGCAGAGUUCAUGGUGGGAUAAUUGAAGAAGAUGAAAGUGAAAAACACAAAAAAGACAGACAUAAUGUGCGAUCAAUACUAGAAGGCGUAUGGGUGCUUCUUUUCGGAAAAGCGAACUAUUUUUCAAAAUUUUGUAAAGAAAAUUGCGCGUGACUUUGCUAAAAAGAAGGGUGAUAAAAAAUUAAUUUUUUUAUUUUUUAGAAAUCUUCAGAUUAAAAAAAACGUACACAAAACACACGAGGCCUUUGCCCGAUAUAUUCAGUAAAUGAAGAUAUUUCACUGGAAAAUGAGAGUAAUUACAUUUACGAGUUUAGGUCAUUAUCAAGCUUUGUAUUUGUGUAAGGGGAAAAUAAAAAAAACAUUCAAAGUGGCCUUCGUGACUGUCGCUGAAGCGAAAAAAACCCUGGUUGUCGCGCUUUACGAGAUUUUUUUAUAACUGCUUGUUUUUGUGAAUUCAAACAUCUUUCUUCGAUCACGCAUAGCGAAAAGAGUGAUAAUCAACAAAGAAUACGCGGCUCGGCAUAUAAUGAAUUGUGCGAUGACGCCAAUAUAAAUAUCGAAAUCACGACAAAAAAAAACCUCUCUUUGGUAGACAAAUGAUAUUCUUGAUAAAAAAAAUUUUGCGCGACAAAAUUUCAAGCAACAGAGAAGAUUUUGGCGGUGAAUUUAAGUAUUUCAUUGGAUGAUCAAAGUUAAUCACUUUAAAAAACAAAAAGUACCUUUGGGGAUUCUUUUUCGAAUCUUUUUCGUUUUUAUAAUGUUGCUUAUAUUUUCCCCUAGAAAAAAUGAUGAAAAUCGCAAAAAGUUAGACUUGAGAAAAAAAUGCUAAAAGUAUAACAAAGUGAGAUUCUGGGACUGUCUUUUGAGCUCUUUAAAACGUAUUUAGCCGUAUACUUACUGUAUAUUUACUAACUAUUUUUUACUUUGGAAAAUUAAAUUCACGAGAAUACCUGUCUCUCGAAAUUAUACGAUGUAAAGUUUAGGCAUUAAAUGUGUUCAAAAACAAAAUGUUACAUGAAACAAAAUCUAGCGAGAAAUUCGUUUUUAAGAAAACAAAAAAGGAUUCCAUGAGUGUGCAAAUUAGAGGUGAAAACGAAUCAACAUGCACUACUGAAAGAAAGAAAGCGAUAAAGAAUGUUUAACGAUGUAUUGUAUAAAAAGACGAUGAGAAAAAAAGUAGAAAGUGCCUUCCUAUCUAAAAAAAAUUAAGAAAAGAGUCUCGUAGAUCGUGACCACUUGUAAAUGAUAAAAAUCAGUCGAAAUUUUCGCAUUAAUGUGAAUGCAAUGAGAUAGUAGGAUGAUAUUUUGCAAUUACGUUAAACAGAAAAUAGUUUUCAUGUAAAGUCAAAAAUAUUGCAGGAGUAAUAUUUUUAAAAAGUCUAGAGUUUCGGCAUAAACAAGUUAUAGCCAAGUUGUUUUGAAUAUCAAAAUCUACACGUUUAACGUAAUCGUAAAAUAACGAAUGAAUCGAGUGAGUGAAUGUCAGCAAAAUGUCUCGUACGUUAUAAAUACGAAAUGAGUAGUUUCGUAACGUAUUUAUACGGAACUUGAAUGACCGACAAAAUUUCAGUUUCGGAUAAAAACACACCGGUAAUACCCUGAAUGGCAUGUCUUUAAAAUAAAGCAGGUUAUUUUAUUUCUUUGAGUGAUAAAUUUAAAAAGAAAAAAACAAAGAGUGAGCAAGAGGAUGAAAGGGAAACAAAGUCAGAAAGUAAAAAGAAACGAACGCAAGAGUGGGAGAGAAAGAGAAAAUGGACGCUUUUGAAGAGAAACAGUUUCGUUUUCACGUUUUUUUAUAUGAUGAUAUCUGCGAACAGAUGAUGAUAAAAAAUAAACACCUAUAUAUUACAUACAUAAAUGUAAGUGAAAAGUAUCUAAUACGCUACUAUAUUGAUAGAGAAUACAAGAAUUAUAUAUAUAUAUAUAUAUAUAUAUAUAAAUAUAUAUAGAAGCUAUAUAUAUUAUAUAAAUUGAUAUAUAAUAGGUAUAUUAUGAAAAGAGGGAUACUGCUGGGUACAUGUACUAAAAAAUGUUAGAAAAUUGAUUUUCUUUCGUCUUAGGAGCUUACGUACAAAAAAGAACUGAUUUGGACUUAAGAUCGCUAUUUUUCGUGGUAUGGGACACCAGCAGUGUGUAAAGAAAAGAAAUAAUCAUGCCCAACGCUCAAUAAUGUUUACGUAGUUCAUUCUUUUGGACAAUGCGAUAAAUACAAUUUGAUAUUGAAAUCUAGGCGACUUUAUAGUAUUUCCGUUUUAUCUUCACGUCGCAAAUAGACACACAGAUCUGAUCUGAAGAAAUUGAAUGUAUAGAACGAAACUGCUCACAUUACUUAUAUUUUUUUUAGAUCAAAGUUUUUUACUCAUACGAUAGUUCAUAAAGUUAUAAAGAGACUAUUAAGUAAAUUGUAUUUAAUGAAAUUUUACGUUCAGAGAAUGAAUUAUUUUCGUAUUUUAGUUGAGAACAACAAAAACGUUGCAAUGAAAGACUUUCGAAUAAACGUUGAGUGUUUAAUGUGAGUAAAUGCAAAGAAUCUAUGUAAGGGAGAGCGUGUGUGAGAGAGAAUGAGGUAUACUUAUCGAGCGAGAAAACGAAAAACUGCUAGUAAAAGUACUGAUGCGUGCGUGUGCUUGGAGAAAAAUAGCAGGAUCUUUUGUGUGUGAUUUGUAACAAUUUCGACAUUUGAAAUGUAAGAAUGCAAUGUAAAUCGUUACGAUCUGAUAAUUAACAUUACGCAAUUUUCUUCAGUGUCCCUUUCUUUACUUUUUAUACAGAUUUUAAGAAUAUCUUUAUUUUUUUGCAGUACGUUAUCAAAGUCUAUUGUGACGUAGGUAAAGUCGCGUUACUUCCUUGAACGUUCAUAAUCGCACAUUCGCACGAUUGCGUUCGACUACAUUGUAUACUAUAAAAUAUACAUUAUGUAAUGUAAAUAGCGCGUUAAUCAUUGUGUUAUAAUUCGUUAGCGGAACAUAUUUAUUAUUUUAUUAUCACGGCAACGAGAAGGGCAAAAUGCGACCUCUUCUCUUCUUUAAGCUUUAUUACUCCAAUGUAAUUAAACUAUUAGUUAAAGAAUUAAUUGUACAAUUAUUUAUUUUUUGCGUUCCGCAAAAUGCAGGAAGUCAGCUGCAGUUGCUGUUCCUUCCGGCGAUCACGAAAAAAGUUAUUCGGCACUACUUAAGACUGUUUUAAAGAUAAGAAAUCUGCAAUAGUUGUGAACAGUUUUUUCAAGUAUUUUUUAAGCCAAAUAAUUUUUUUCCUGUACAUGAAAAUACAUCAAUCAUUACUAGACAAACAGGCGUAAUUGUAAACAUAUGGGUUUUGCCGAUUUUUUAUUUCUUUGAGACCUUGUAUCGAGCGAUGAAAAUAAGCGUUGUUUAUUCUCUUGUAAUACAAACAAUAGUGUAAAAUUGUCAAUUAUAAACAAUGUCAGUCCAGAGACCCAUAUGGUUUUUCUUUCAUUUAUUCCUGUUUUCCGUUACUGUACAUGAUUCAUUCUCGUUUUAUUUUAUAUAAAUAUAUAUAUAGUAAUUUUCACAGACCGGCAAGAGAAUACAAAUCCUCUUUGUUUAGCUAGAUCAAUUUGUUAUUUAAUAUUCGAACGCUCUUUAAGCGUCAUUAUGGUUUAGUAGUAAAUACAAAAUUAAAACGUACUUGGUUCUGUCGUAUAGAACAAUAUAAGGAGGGUAUAAUUCAAAGCGAAAUUGAGAUCGAAAAGAAGAAAGACUUAAAAGUGAAAUCAAGCAAAAGUUGGAUAUUUUAUAGCAAAGUCGCCAUCCGUUGAUUCUUUUUAUUUAUUCUAUCGAAUAGCUCUUAAGGUGACGUUUUACUGAAAAAAAACUAUACUAUACCUAUAAAUACACCCAUAUUAUAUAUAAUACGGAGUAAGCGUACAUUACCCUACCUACCGAGGAACAAACAGAAUCACGCAAUCAUACAUUUAAGUUGCUACUUGGCACGUAUACCUAAGUAAUAUACUAACGUAAACAAUAUGCAAUAAUAAAUAUAAAAAAAAUAUAUAA